ACUCUUAGGCGCGUCGCUGGGCGUUACGCGCGGGCGCACUACGGGGGCCAAGGAAGGAAGAAAUGUGGUCGCGGUUGGUGUGGCUGGGCCUUCGGGCCCCUCUGGGCGGGCGCCAGGGCUUCACCUCCAAGGCGGAUCCUCAGGGCAGUGGCCGGAUCACGGCCCAGGUGAUCGAGCACCUGGAGCGUCUAGCGCUUGUGGACUUCGGCAGCCGCGAGGCAGUGGCGCGACUGGAGAAAGCUAUCGCCUUCGCCGACCGGCUACGUGCCGUGGACACUGACGGGGUGGAGCCCAUGGAGUCGGUCCUGGAGGACAGAUGUCUAUACCUGAGAUCCGACAAUGUGGUAGAAGGCAAUUGUGCUGAUGAAUUACUACAAAACUCCCAUCGAGUCGUGGAGGAGUAUUUUGUGGCCCCCCCAGGUAAUAUCUCUUUGCCAAAGCUGGAUGAACAAGAGCCAUUCCCACACAGCUGAGUAGCUCAUUCUGGAAAGCGGGUACUCUGUGACCAUGUGGAAGCACAAUGACAGUAUUUUCUUACUGUGAACACUAAUGUUCCUGCUUUUUUCAGUCACCUGAAAAAAUGGAUGCUCAAGCAUUUCUUAACAGAUUCUUCUGAAGACACAAUUGGGAAACAUCUGGCCCCAAAAAUGAGUUCCUGAUGCUAACUGAGGUGAAAGGAAAGCAAAAGUCAGCUUCCAGGGAAUUCACUUAACAAGACUGUUCAGUAUGGAAGACAUUAUUUAUCUGCCUUUAACUCCCCCCAAAGGACUGUUCCAACUGCAUGAAAGUGUCUUCUAUCUACGUAACUGGUAGAUGGAGCAUCUUGAUCACUAUAUGACAACCCUGGCUGUCAUUUUUAGUUGCCUAUCUGCAGUGAUUUGAGCAGCCCUAUUUUUACCAAACAUACCUGAAUUUGUUCUUGGGCUCCCACUCUCUUCCUAGAAAAGGGCUAACUUCCUACUAAGGUCUGAAGAGUGUUCAAAGUAGACUAGAGCUUGGGAACUCCUAAUCUAGCACUAUCUGCCAUCCCACAAAGUGAUUAUAUGCCAAAGGGAUACUAGUCAUACGUAGUGUUUCUUUCUGAAAAGAGAACUUAUCCUAAAAUUAGCCCUGGGUUUGGAAAAAGGAGCCCUCUCCACCCCCAAAAUGAUUAUUAAAUUGAGAUAAGUCCAAGAUAAAACUCAGGAUACCAAGGAUAAAUGAAACUUAUUUAGGGAUAAAAGUGAUAGAAUCAGAGAGUUUUUCCUCUAACCAAACUGCCAAAGUUGGUUUUGGCUAAGAAUUUGCCAAUAGUAUUUACAUUGCUUGUCAUUUUUUUAGUUUUCUGAGACAGGGCCUCACUCGGUCACCCAGGCUGGAGUGCAGUGGUGUGAUCACAGAUAACUUGCAGCCUCCUGGGCUCAAGUGAUCCUCCCGCCUCAGCCUCCUAAGUAACUGGGACUACGUAUGUGCAUCACCACGUCCAGUUAAUUGUUUUUUUAAGUAGAGAUGGGGUCUUGCUAUGUUGCCUCUCUGGUCUUGAACUCCUGGCCUCAAGGGAUCCUCCGGCAUGCCCUGGCCUCCCAAAGUGCUGGGAUCACAGGCAUAAGCCACUGUGUGUUUAUUUUUCCCAUUCCCUUCCUUUAUCUGCAAUGCUUUUUUCUUCUUUAAGGCAGCCUAAUUUACAAGCUUGGCCUUGAAUUAAAAGAGAACCCAGAACCUGCUCUUCGAGUUUACAUUCUCAAACCAGUAUCAGCAACUAUCUAUCCCCAUAUAAAUAAAGUUAUCUACCCCUGCUCCUUACUAACUGGGUACAAGUUAUGAUUACAACUCAGUGAUUUUUAAAAUUAGUGUGCCUAUUUUGUGAAAUCUGUGUACUUAAUCAAGGACAACCACACAUGUCAAUUACUAAACGUUUAAAAUAUAUUUCUAAACAGAAUGGGCCGACUCAGUCACAGUAACUGUUGAUCUCCAUAGUAGAGCAACCCACAAAGACAGAACUGAUUUUUUUCCCAUAAUCAGGGGUGAAAAAUAUACAACUUGUUUCUGAACCAAAACCACAAUUUCUGCAGUUUAAAAUGUUUCACUGCUAAUAUGGCCCUGGUAGAAAUUAUGUAGUUUUUUUU